GCAGAGGGCGGUGAAGCUGCAGAGAAACAGGAGAAGAAGAAGAAGCUCCAGGAACAACAACAAACCGAGGCGGCGAGCAGAAUUUCAGCUGUAGGUCACACAGCGUUAACAUGUGUCAAUGAACCUGAUGUAAACAGAUUGUUCAGAUCUGCAUCGGCCUGGUGUGCGUUGCGUUCAGUGUGUUCGCCAUCUUCUCUCCGGUCAUGAUGGUCUCCACUCCGUUCUGCUUCGCCGCCGCUUUUGUGGUUUCCGGCUCUCUGGCGGUGGCGGCGAGGAGAGGGACCUCAAUCCAGCUGGUCCCACAGACUGGUGUCCUGUUGGAGGACGCAUCAUGGAUAAAGUCCGGAGGAUCCUGGUGUACGUGUGCAAGGACCGAGCAGGGCCACAGCGAGCUCAGUUCGUGCAGAGUAUCACGAGUCACUUCACUGACGGUAGUGAUGAUGAGGUGGAAGUGAGCUGCUCUUUGGACAAAAACCAGUUUGUCCUUUACAGAGGAGAUGAAGGACCAAGGAUUCCUCUGAAGAGACCCGCCUUCUGUCCAAUCAAACACCUGUCAGUCACAGAGGCAGCUGCAAUCCCAUUGGACAUACAGAAGCGUGGAGUGGAUGUGGGUGUGGCCAUCCUCCUGCAGACCACCAAUCAGAGAGUGUUGCUGACACGGCGGGCGAAGGAACUUCGGAUAUUUCCCAACGUCUGGGUUCCUCCAGGCGGCCACCUUGAGUCAGAUGAGACGCUGCUGGAAGCAGGUCUCAGGGAGUUAAAGGAGGAAACUGGACUCAAACUAGAGCCAGAGGACGUUUCUCCAGAAGUGCUGGGACUGUGGGAGUCGGUGUUUCCUCCCAUGUUGUCCAGAGGGCUUCCUCAGAGGCACCAUGUCGUCGUCUACAUGCUGCUGCACUCGUCCUUCACACACCUGCAGCUACAGGCCUCUCUCAGCCCUUCGCCUGCUGAGGUCAGCGCCUGUUUGUGGGCCGAUAGCCGGCUGGUCAGGUCCAUCGUGUCCGCUGUGGAUGGCGAGGACGGAGAGGUUCACCUGGACGGCCUGCCGAGCAGCGUCAGUGUGUCCCAGGUAUCUGCAGACGGAGCUUUGACCGACUCCUCGCUGCCUGUUGCAGUCUUUGUCAGUCGGGCGUCGGCCAGCGGUCCAGAUGUGGAGCGGGUCAGCACAGGGACCAAGUUUGCCCUGGAGCUGUGGCUGAGGAGCCUGGAUGCCCCUGACCUCUGACCUCUAACCUCGACCCCAUCCUGUGGACAACAGGAAGGACAGUUUUGGAUCUGAGAAAUGAUGUUGCUGUAAUUUACUGUGCUGUGAAUCUCACUGUUUGUCAAUUAAACACUUGAACUGGAAAUGACUUGGUUAUGUCAGCUGAGGGGCUGCACAGCGGCUUGGUGGCCUUGCAGCUAGAAGAUCCCCGGUUCGCUUCCCGGCCUUCCAAGGGUCUUUCUGCAUGGAAUUUGCAUGUUCUCCCUGUGCAUGCUUGGGUUUUCUUCCUCCCACAGUCCAAAAACAUGCUGAGAUUGAUUGGUAACUCUAAAUUUUCAGUAGGCUUGAAUGUGAGUGUUGUUGUUUGUCUCUAUAUGUAGCCUUGUGGUAGACUGUUGACUUGUCCAGGGUGUCCCCUGCCUUCGCCCUAAUUCAGCUGGGAUAGACUCCAGCCUCCAAUGACUCUAAUGAGGAUUAAGCUGUAUAUAGAUAAUGGAUGGAUGUCACCUGAGGCUCAAUUAUCUCUUAUCUGAAGUCAGCAAAAUACAUUAAAGAACAAGGGAUGAAGGAACUUUAAUAUAGUUAGGAAUUAUGUUCCUGUCAGUCUACAGGAUUGUAAAGGUGCUUGUUAGGAAAUAACAUGUACAAAAAAAAAUAGAAUUUCACAGAUGAACCAAGAAAAUGUAAUGUUUGACUUUACUUUUGAAGUUUCCAAAAACUAGUGAGCUCAGUUUUUUUGAGUUUCUGGUUCUGCUAGGAAAAUCCAAAAAUACAUAAAAUUUUAAAUUCUG